AGACCUUGAGGCUGGAACCCAGAGAGAAAGAGGAGAGCUUAUUCGGAAUCUACAUUGUCAAAAAGUUCACAAGGUCCCCCAGGAUUCUGGCUCCACUGCUGGAGAUACCAGGCGGUGGGCGGGGUAUGUGUGACCCGCCUCCUGUGGGCGUGGCCAAGGCGGGACGGCACCUGGGGCCCGGCCGGGGGUGGGGAGGCGGACGCUCCCCCUUCCCCUGGCUCCAGCCGGCGCAAGCAGCGGCGGCGGCGGUGGCGGCGGGUGAGGAUCUGCGGCCCCGCGAGGCCAUGAAGGUGAAGAAGGGCGGCGGCGGGACCGGGUCUGGGGCAGAGCCCGUUCCAGGGGCCUCGAACCGGAGCGUGGAGCCCACACGGGAGCCUGGGGCGGAAGCCGAGUCCGGGUCCGAGUCGGAGCCGGAGCCAGGCCCGGGGCCCAGGCUGGGGCCGCUGCAGGGCAAGCAGCCCAUCGGGCCGGAGGAUGUGCUGGGGCUGCAGCGGAUCACGGGCGACUACCUGUGCUCCCCUGAGGAAAAUAUCUACAAGAUAGACUUCGUCAGGUUCAAGAUCCGGGACAUGGACUCAGGGACUGUCCUUUUUGAAAUCAAGAAGCCCCCUGUUUCGGAACGGUUGCCCAUCAACCGGCGGGACCUGGACCCCAAUGCAGGGCGCUUUGUUCGCUACCAGUUCACACCCGCCUUCCUCCGCCUAAGGCAGGUGGGAGCCACGGUGGAGUUCACAGUGGGAGACAAGCCGGUCAACAACUUCCGCAUGAUUGAGAGGCACUACUUUCGAAACCAGCUCCUCAAAAGCUUCGACUUCCACUUUGGCUUCUGCAUCCCCAGCAGCAAGAACACCUGUGAGCACAUCUAUGACUUCCCGCCUCUCUCUGAGGAGCUAAUCAGUGAGAUGAUCCGUCACCCGUAUGAGACACAGUCCGACAGCUUCUACUUUGUGGACGAUCGGCUGGUGAUGCACAACAAAGCAGACUAUUCCUACAGUGGGACACCCUGACCCCCGACACUGCCCCUGAGGCUCUGGCCUGGACCCUGUGCUGGGACCUCUCCGACAUCAUCUCCACUUGGGGAUAGCUCCAUUGGCUCUGGACCCCGAGUCAGUCUUGAGAGGAAAGGUGCCCAGCAGCCCUAGGCAAGGCUCUGGAGCUUGUGGGAGGCGCAGCGGGGAGGCUGUCCCCAUGUUCAGGAAAGGCCUCGGGCAAGAGGAGGACUUCGGGAUGCCUCAGUAGGUCCACUGGGCCUGAGUUUCAGAGUAGUGUUCCCUUCUUGACUGUGACUAGAUCAGGUUAGGGACCAUUCCCUGUCCCUUGCCCACCACCUCCAGGCUAUUUAUAGUUGUCAGUUCACAGACAAAGAUCCACAGUGGUCUCAGCCCUGGCCUCCUCCAUCAGGGGCCAAGAAACUGCCCGAGGUGAGAGGGGCAGGUCCAGACUACAGCCUGUAGGGCCUGGGCAAACUGUAUAUAGUUUUCAAUAAACCUUUUCUGCUCUUGGG